AUGCUGGCCCCGGCGCGGCAGCGAGCGCAGCGGGCGGACUCCGCGGAGAGGUCGCGGGCGGGCGCGUACAAAGGAGCCCGGCGCGCCCCUCGGGGACCCGGCCCCGCAAGUGGGGCGCGUCCCCCCGCCCGGCGCCAAGGAGCUGCGCCCCGCGCCAGCCUCCCCUGCCAGGCCGCGGGUCACACGGAGUUCUGGGCGUCCGUCCCGGUGCCCGUGUCCCCACGGCUGGGACAAGCCCCGGAGACCAUCGGGAACUUGGGGACGAGUGAGCGCCUCGGCUCGCACCGGCGCACGGAGCGCAGCGCGUCGGCGGCCGCCCCCCGCUCCUCCGGGACAGGCUCCCACCCCGCACGCCCCCGACACGCACCUCGGAGCCACGAUCCAACCGGACCUGCUACGGCCGGCGCGCGCAGGGCGGUGAGUCCUGGGGCCGCCGCCUCGCCGCCCGCCGCUGCCCCGGGCUGCCCAUCGGCGCGGACCCCGCGCGCCGCGCUCGGGCGGAGGCGGCUGGAGCUGUCGCCUGCGCGGGCGGCGGGCGAGGCGCUGCGCUGCGCUGCGUCCUCCGCUGCCCGGCUCGCGUCUGCCGCGCCGGCUCUCGCCGCUGCCCGCCGGCCCCGGCUCCGCCCCCGUGCGCUCCGCCGCCUCCCACUGGACGCUGACCGCCCGGGCCCCGCCCCCGAGCGCUGUGCAGUCUCCUAUUGGCUUACCUCCUGGCCCGGACCCGCCCACCCUCCGGGCGCGCGCGCGCGCGCGCCAGCAGAACGCGAUUCCCAGGCGGAGGCGGGAGGCCGGAGGGAGGCCUCGGCCUGCGGUCUCCGGGGAGGCCAGGGUCCUCGCCCGGCACCGUGCGCCUUCGGAGGAGCUAGGUCCCCUCCCGAGUCGCGCGAUCUCUAG